ACAUUCCACUCACACAGUUGCUCAGUCCUUCAGGCACACCUCUCUCAUAUUUUAACAGUCUAAGCUGCGCAGCACCAUUCUCAAGCUCCGAUCUAUAACUCCACACUUCCUUCCUUUCCACCCUUUCUCUCUUAACCCCAAUCUCCUUCUUUCUCUCUCCUCUCCUUGGGCCUCUUCCUUCGUUUUUAAAGCCCAACGCCGCAUCAUCUCUUUCUGGAUUUAGGGUUUUUGCGCGCUCUCUUCUCCUCGAUCUGCCGCAAGACCCGGGAGAAGCUCUGCAUGCUCUGAACUUCAACGCUCUUCCAGAUGGCGUCGUCUUAUCCUGGUUCCGUUAGUGCCACACAGGUUGGCUCCUACUUCGUCGGACAGUACUAUCAGAUUCUCCGCCAACAGCCGAAUCUUGUUCACCAGUUUUACUCUGAUUCCAGCAGCAUGAUUCGUGUCGAUGGAGAUUCCGUUGAAACUGCGCAAGAUGUGUUGCAAAUUCAUUCAAUUGUGUCGUUACUGAGUUUCACUUCAAUUGAGAUCAAGACCAUCAAUUCUCUCGACUCUUGGGAUGGAGGUGUGAUUGUCAUGGUCUCAGGUUCUGUGAAGCUAAAGGAUAUAACCGGGAGGCGGAAGUUCGUUCAAACCUUCUUUCUUGCUCCUCAAGAGAAGGGUUACUUUGUUCUGAAUGAUAUUUUUCAUUUUGUUGAAGAAGGUGUUACAUACCCAAAUAUGAUACCAGUGGCAUCUGAAAUUGACAAUCAACCGCAUGUGUCUGCAUCUCUUGCAGAGCCACCAGUAGCUUCAGACUACGGUUUGGAGGAAGAAGCUAGGGAAUAUGUAAACUCAGUUCAUAUUGACGAUGAUCCAGUGGACAAAUAUAGUCUUCCUGAGCACCAGCAGCAGCUACAUGAAGAUCUUGAAACCGAAAUUGUUGUGGAGGAAACUUCUGCACAGGAGGCAUCUCCACCAAUUCACAAUGUUGUGCAUACUGUUCAAGAAACCCCUGCAGCUCUUGUAGAAGAGUCUUUUGAAGAGCCUCCUAAGAAAACUUACGCAUCUAUUAUGAUGGAGGAAAACAGUAAAAGGAGGGAAAAAUUUAAGUUACGAGUCGCCAAAGGUCAGCCCGUGUUAUCAGCUGCUCCUCAGCAUGUUCCACAAUACACCUUUAAAAGUGCCCCACCUCCUUCAGAGUUGAACCAUGUAGCACAGCCAGCAAUUCAGCAGUCGAGCCCUGUAUCUGUGUAUGUCCCUGAGUCAGGAUCUGAGCCUGCAGAUGAAGGCUAUGGACUAGAAGAUGAAGGUGAAGUAACCUCUGUCUAUGUGAGAAACUUACCUGCUAACGUUACUGAAGCAGAGAUUGACCAGGAAUUUAAGAAUUUUGGCAGAAUUAAGCCAGAUGGAAUAUUCAUUAGGGUUCGAAAGGAAAUUGGAGUGUGCUAUGCAUUUGUGGAAUUUGAAGAUAUCAUUGGUGUUCAAAAUGCGCUUCAGGCUUCUCCAAUUCAGUUAGCUGGAAGACAGGUAUACAUAGAAGAGCGAAGGCCAAACAGUGGCAGUGCAGUUCGAGGAGGAAGAAGGGGAAGAGGCAGAGGCAGUUAUCAAGCAGAUGCUCCGAGAGGGCGUUUUGGUGCAAGGAACAUGGGAAGGGGAAGUAAUCUGGAUAAUUCAGACUACUCCAGACUAAGAGGCGAUGGUUAUCUUCAACGUAGUUCACGAUGAGAGAAAAAUGGAAAAAGCAUGGACUGAGAAGAUGCUAUUGAAAGGGCUUAUACAAUUAGUGAAAUCUGUGCUUGGUGUGGGUAUUUACUGCAGAAAAUUUUCUUAUGUGGUUUCACAUUUAGUAGUGUUACGUUUUGGGUGCGUCUUUUUCUAGUAAAAGCCAUUGAGACUUUAAACAGUUUGUUUCACAAGCAUAGAUCAGUUGGUUCCCCUUGAAUGUUCUUUAACAUGCCAUUCGCGUGGGAAGUUUUGGUUGUUGUUUGUAUUGUUCCAUGUUUGGAUUGUGGCGGCCUUUUUAUCGGGAGGGGUGUUCAAGUUAAGAAAGUGGUUUAGUUUAGACAUCAGUUGAGGUUGUGCUUAAUUUUCAAAUGUUGCGGUGCAUUUAUGGCUGCAUCGGCUCCUUCCCUUUCCUUUGGUAAAACUUGUUGUAGUAAGUACCAUGGAAAUCUUAUAAUUUUUCUCUAUUAGUUUGGGGACAUUUUUGGGACUUAGUUA